AUGGAGAAGUUUAAACAUCGGUGGCAGCGCGCUGGGGCCGACAAGACUUUCACUGAAAAGUCCAACCAAGCUCCUGCCGCUGCCAACAUCCCUGCCCACCGCCCAGACCGGCCUCAGGUCCAGUACCAGCACGUUCAUCACGAGGCUGGAAAAAGACGUGGUGAGAAGCGGAGAUUAUUUGUUGAAGAGCCAGAGCCUGUGCCUCCUGUGAACCGGCCCGUUCAGCCCACGGCGUCGUCCUCCUUCACUCGGCCAAAGCCUGCUGAGCCCACCCUCAUUCUGCCAAGGCCUACUGCGUCCACCCACCUCCAGCCAAAGCCUGCUGCGCCCACCUAUGGACCACCCCCUGUGUCGGCAGCACCCAUACUCCUGGUUCUCCCCGCACAGCCACAGGCUCCCUCCGUCCUGUUUCGUGGGCCAUCGUGCAGCCAGAGCUUUGUACCUCCUGCACCAACAGUACAGGCAUUCAUGCCGAACAAGUCCUCGUGGCCAUGUGGGGCUUGCCAUGUGCCUAAUUGUGGUGGACAGCGGAAGAGGUACACACCUUCCAAGGAUAAAGUGGCUGGAAGCACCCAGAAGAUAUUUUCCUACUGUCCAUCCACUAGGAAAUCCACCACCUCUGGGUUUGACAAUGUGGUGUACGACAGCUUUGAACACUUUAAAAGUGUGGUGGAUGUGGAGUUGGAAAAGAGUGUGUAAAUAACUGUAAAUAACUUAUCUCUGUGAUGCCACUUCUCCUGUGCCAUCUGUAGGAGAGAGAAAGAGGCUUGUUUGUGUUUGUUUGUUUGUGUGUUUGUACUUGCUGAAGCACUUUAAAACACAAACAAAACUAUCUAUUUAUUUAUAUAGUUCAGAAGUUCAAAAAAAUGCACUUUACAGUUUUACUUAAGAAUGUUCUUGUGUUUGUUUUUUAUUAUUAUUUAUGUUGCUGUUAAAAUGCACUUUGUAGUAUCUUUUUUUUAUAAAAAACAUGUUCUGGCCUAUGUUUCAUAUCAAGGCCAAUCUAACCUCAAUCAUUUUAACCUUAAUCAGUUCCGAUCUAACACAAUCAGUUUACAUACCCUUUAGUGGUUGUUCAUGUCUGAUAAUAUGUGUUUUUGUCAUGUAUGUGUUUGUCUUUGUCAGCUUCAUGUCUUUGUAAUGUUUGUAUGUCUUUGUCUGCUUCAUGUUUAACAAAAGUUUGCCAAAGAAAACACACAAAAAAAAUCGAACAGGCUUGAGCCUUUAUUUGUUGAUUAGUGACCUGAGUCUUUGGAUAAUCCUGUUCUUUAUUGGGCUUUGGCCUGUACAAACCAAUUGUUAAUUUUUAUCACAAGUACAAGUUUGUGUUUUUAAUUAAGUGUUUUUGAUUAUUAUAUGUUAUUUAUGUGCGCGUGUCCUUGUGAUGUUUGUUUGUCUGUCAGCUCCAUGUUUAACUAAAUGUUCACAAAUGGUAGUAAAUGUUUGUCUCUCGUGUUCUCGCUCGUAGAUCUGUACCUUGUCGUGGUGAGUGAGCUUUAAACCAAACAGAUCUUGUUUACUUGUGUUUUCAUGCAUUGCCUUUUAAAUGAAACACAUUCUGGGUGAAAAAAAAAAGUUGUAAAAGUAUUUCAAGUAUUUUGGAGUCUCUGUAUGCUUGGGUUUCAGAAGGGGUGGGAUAGUGUAAAAAAACACGUCAAAGCAAUUAGAAGUCCUUGUUUCUUCUCCGCCACUACCACAGGUGUGAAUACACCCCACUGUGCGCUGGCUGUACCCCCUGGGUGGUCACGAGUUCUGUGAAAGGCUUUGAUGUCUUCCAGACAAAGUGAGAGUGUACUGAUACAUGACACCUUUUCUUAAUUCAGCCCAAAAAUGUAACUAUGAAAAUAAUAAACAAAACAUUCAGCAGACUAGUAUAUUUCAAUAAACCAGGCCUUGUACAUGACAAUUUCUGUAAAUAACACUGACCACCAGAUGGAACCAUCCGUUUUGAUCAUUUUUGAUCGAUCCCAGGGUUGAGCAAUAUGUACUUGGGGGGGUCAUGAGCCAUUCCCAGGCGGUCUCCCAUCCAAGUACUAACCAGGCCCGACACUGCUUAGCUUCCGAGAUCGGACGAGAUCGGGCGUGCUCAGUGUGGUAUGGCCGUAAGCAAUU